CGGCUUUAGUUAGAGGAAGUUACAGAGAGCAGCUGGGCUAGCAUGUAACCUUACACGAGUUGAAUCCAGCGUUGCAGUAAGUUAGAGGAAGGCAGCAGCAUUCAUGGAUAUUGUGGACACCUUUAACCAUCUAAUACCCAGCGACCAGUUGGACGAGUCCCUGAUAAUAGGCCAGAAUCUGGAAUGUGAAGCUGGUAAUGAAUUUGGAACAGGACUGCGAGUGGAAGAUUCACUGAAGAACAUGCUCAGCGACAAAGAUCCCAUGUUUGGCUGUGCAAGCUCUCAGUUCAAUCUGCUGGAUAAUGAGGACUCUGCUUUCCCAAUCCCUGGCUCAACAGGUCUUGGUGGUGAUCCAGCAUCCUCAGGCCUCAGCAGUGAACUGACAGUUGCAGAAACCACACCAGUGAAGCGUGGAAGGCCAAAGAAACGGCCACUUUCUUUAGAAUGCCGGGAACCACAACCCUCCGAUACACCUAGAAGAAAUGUGGCUCGAGGAAGACCUGGGAGAAAACCAGGCAACCGGCUGCAGAAGACAUUUCUCAUAGAAAAAGGAGUCAAAGGCCCUCAGCUAAAGAGAGAGUUAACUCUUGGAGGACGCAUUAAUGUGAAUGAUUUUGAAAGUGCAUUGUGGCUGAACCCUACAGUUGUAUUGAGACGGUUGACGGUCACAAUUGGAGGAUUUAGGAUUGAGCUGCUCCCUGGACCCUAUUACACUCAGCAUGUGGAAACAUGCGAGUCUUCAGGCUUUGAAGAUGGAUUUUCAUACAGUGGGGAUGUUGGGUUUCCUGUGUUGCCAGAUGAAGCUGUAAAUGUACAGAUUCCAUUACAGGAAGAUGUGGCAGGGAUGGAGAGGAGCUCUGUGGAUGAUGCAGCCCUUGGACUGGGCCCAUAUGUGAAUCCUAAUGACGUACAGACCUCUAAUGGGACGGUGAAGGAGACUGUCAGCGCACAAGAGACAAAACUUGACAAUCAGAAAGAGUCUGCACAGGAGAAGAUGGUUAGUAAAGACAAGCAGCCUCAAAACACUGAGAAUAAUGGAACUAAUGUUAAUAAUAAGGCUGACGGUAAAGCUAAGCAACAGACUGUAGCAAAAACUUUGGUCAAGCCUAAGCAAGGAGUGACCCCUAAUAAGAAUAAGGACUUGGUUUCUGGUAAACCAAAUAAUGUUAUAAAGGGACACAAAGUAUCCCAAAACAUGCCAUCCACAAUCACCCAAAGAGAGGACCUGCACAAAAUCAAAUCCUUAAAGGAAAAGAAAGAUGUUGCACCUUUGAAAAGGCCUGCAGAAAUCACCCAAAGUGAGCAUGCUAGUAAAAUGCAGAAGAUGCAGAGCACAGCAGAUACUAAAGUAAAGCCAAAAUCACCAAUUUCACCGAGCCCUGUGGUGAAAAAGAUCCCAUCAUCCAGCAACCAGGGUCCAACAAAACAUCCUCCUCUGCACAACAGCUCCAAAAAUGACACUGCUCACCCGGCACAGGGACGCCUGGGUCAUUCUUUAAAAUCCCCGGAUGAAGGAGGGCAGGAUAAGCCCAAGCUGAAAAAACCUGAAAAGAUCAUUCAAAGACAGAAAAGUAAAACAUCAAGAAGUAUUUCUGUGGAGGAGCCGCAGCUGUUCAUUCCAGACAAUGCUCCUGUUACCAAGAAGGAAACCGCUGAAGAGCAGCCUGCCAAUAAUGAGGGUGUUUGGGAUGGAAACAACUGUUGUGGUCUGUGCAAAAAGCACCACAAUAACAUGUUCAUGGUUGGCUGUGGCCGCUGUGACGAUUGGUUCCAUGGGGACUGCGUUGGUCUAGACCUGACUAAAGUACGAGAAAUGGAGGAGGAAGACCAGAUGUACGUGUGCUUGAAGUGCUGUGAGGAGGAAAACAAAAAGGUUGAACCCGAACCCUUGACGCCCUUGACUGUAGUUAAACCAGAAGUUCCUGCAAAGACAGAGGUACAGGAUCAAAAGCAGCCCCCCAAGCCUAAACCAGGACCCUCCCAGACACUCUCAUCUGGAGGAGUCAGACCAGUAAGAAAGGAUCCAGAUAGACGACAGUCCACAGAUAGCAGGGAAUCAGCUCAUAAAACAGGCAUUCAACUGAAACAAGACACAAAAAGUAAGACAUCUUCUUCAGCUUCAAAGAAACCCGUGUCUGUGGAGGCAAUCAGGCGCAGUGUGCGUGACUCUCUGAGAGAAAUCCUCACACAGAGGUUGAAAGACUCUGAUUUGAAGAUCUCAGUGGAGCAAGCCUCUGAAGUUGCCAAGAAAACGGAGAAAGAGCUUUUUCACUUGUACAAAGAUACCGACAACAAAUACAAGAACAAGUACAGAAGUCUUAUGUUUAACCUUAAAGAUAUUAAAAAUAACGUCCUUUUUAAGAGGGUUCUCAGAGGUGAAAUUUCACCCGCUAACCUGAUUCGUCUGAGCCCUGAAGAGCUAGCCUCAAAAGAACUGGCUGCAUGGCGACAAAGGGAGAACCGACAUACUAUUGAGAUGAUUGAAAAAGAGCAAAGAGAAGCAGAGAGACGGCCAAUCACAAAGAUCACACACAAAGGGGAAAUAGAAAUUGAGAGUCAAGAACCAGUGAAAGCACCUGAGCCUGCAGAGUCUCCUCCCAAAGCAGCAGAAGUGGCAGCAGAAAAACCUCCAGUUACCCCAGAGCAGAAGGAAGAGAGUACCAAGGCAGAGAAAGACACAACAAGUCAACACAAGUCUCACUUGUUUGACCUUCACUGCAAAAUUUGCACUGGUCGUAUGGCACCCCCUGUGGAAGAGGCUCCUACCAAAGUGGUCAAAGUUGCUACUACCGUGGUCCGGAGGCAGUCCACUAAAGCAGAAGAUACAAAGAGCACAACGCCUCCUGCUAUGGAUGAUGACCUGCAUCUCACAGUUUUAGAGGAGAGCUUUCGAAAUGCUCAGUCAGGCUAUGAAGGACGGUCGGAUCUAGCAGCCGGCAGAGAUGAACAGGCUGCUUUUCUUUCCAACCUGAAGUCACUGUGGCGUGGAUUCAUCAACAUGCAGGCUGUCGCAAAGUUUGUCACUAAAGCAUUCCCUGUCUCUGGCAUUUUGGACCACCUGACUGAUGAUCUUCCAGACAGCAUUCAAGUUGGGGGAAGGAUCAGUCCACAGACAGUGUGGGACUAUCUGGAGAAGAUUCGGGCAACUGGAACAAAAGAGGUGUGCCUGAUUCGCUUCUCCCCUGAGACAGAAGAAGAUGAGAUCUCCUAUACUCUGCUUUAUGCCUACUUCAGCAGUCGAAGGCGCUUUGGGGUGGUGUCCAAUAACCUGAAACAAGUGAAGGACAUGUAUCUCAUUCCUUUGGGUGCCACUGAAAAAGUUCCACAUCAGCUUGUUCCCUUUGACGGGCCAGGUUUGGAAAACAACCGUGGGAACCUUCUCCUUGGACUCAUAAUUCGCCAGAGACCAAAGAGAGAUUUUCUUUCCGUCGAUAUGAAUGAAACUGCGAGGAUUGUUCCUGAAAUCCCGCCAGUCACCCUUUCAACGAAGGAAAUCAGAGACACAGAGAAAGAAGAAAAGUUUUUCCUCUCUUCUUUGACUGCGCCGCUCAGUAAAGAGAAGGACAAACCACUUAACACUACUGAAGAGGUUAAUGAGCCAAUUACAGAGUCCUUUGAAGAAACAUCUGCAUCUGAGGAAAUCAGCGAUCAGGAACCUAAAAAACCGCUGCGCUUCCUUCCAGGUGUGUUAGUAGGCUGGGGUGGGGAACUUCCACCUCUGCCAGAUGUUGGAAUUAAACCUGCAGCAGCAGCUGAUGACACCCAUAAGACCCAAGCAGCUCAGAAAACAGACACGUUCACCGGAAACUCAAAAAGUCCAACAACUGCUGCACCACGAGAGCGCUUUGUCAUCAAAAAGAAAGAAGUUAAACCCGUUAAAGCUGAACCAGAGCUUCCCAGCCCGACUGAUUCAUCUGCUCCUAACAACUCAUCAGCCAAGGAAGCUACAGCAGUGACCCCCGGUGCACCGGUCUCUCUGAAAGAUAAACCUCCAGAUGUAUCGACUGAAGCCUUCUUGGCAAGCUUAUCAACAACUCCAAGUGGGACUGAAACUAGCAGCGCUGCCUCAGCAAACAAAGAUGAUGCUGGCCUUUUGUCUGAAACUGAAAAAGGAACAUCUGGAGGGAAUUCUCUGUCGCAGCCAAGCUCCCAGGCAGCUGCAGCUCUCACAAAUAGCUCAAAACCUUCUUUAAGUGGAAUAUUGAAAAAAUGCUCAGCGUUUUCCACAGCGAAUGAAGAUAAAACACCGGUGCUACACAAGGAUAAAGCCAGCCUCCCUGCUCCGUCUAGUCCUAAACCUAUUCCUACAAUAAGCAGCACUAGAAAUGUUCCUGUUACACUUUUUCACCAAGGAUAUCUGCAGCUUUCUCAGGCCAAGAACAAACUCAAUGAAGAAAAACAAUCAUCUACACGAUCAUUCCCAAGUGUAAAGGAAGAUCCUAUCACGUCCAGGCCGAUAACUCAGACAGUAAAUCCUUCCACAGUCCACGGACCACAAGCAGCGUGCAACAUAGAAGCCUCCGAGCCCCAAAGCGACCUGGCAGAGACAUCAGCUCCCUCAGUUGUCAGUAGUGCUGCACCUCUUACAACACAACAACCUCAGGUACUUGGCAGCUAUGACUCAACAUCCGGCCCUCGUAACACUUUCAUCACCCAGGAUCAGAACCACAGCACAUCCUCAGCUCAGGAUAGCACUUCACAGGCUAUCCCAGGCCUUGACAGCUACACUGAACCAUCCGGCCUGCCUCUAUCUCAGGCCAAAGAAUACAAGCGUGUAGAGGAGCGAUACAGCGACCCGUGGGAGAGGCCAAGAAACGCGGAUGAGAAAGACCACCACGGGAGGCACAGCCAUCACAGAGACUCCCAUCACGGGAAGAAGAGCCGGCACCACGACCGGGAGCGGGAGAAGAAGCACGACCGCAGCCAUGAUGACAAGUACAGAGAGAGAAGCAGACACCACGGGCAUUCUGACGACCGCUACGGUGAGAAGAGGAAAGAGAGGCACAGCGACGACUACAGCAGCCGUCACAAGGACAGACACCGACACAGAGACAGGAGGGACUCUGAUUAUGAGAAUGGACGGAGGAGUUCAAAAGACAGUUACUCCUAAUUCAGUUCGUUUUCAUUUCAAAAGCCCUGCUGGGGCUCUAAGAAAGACUGUUAGCUCGUUGGUCACUCGGCUGGUUCAAACCACUUCAGCUAUAAACAGCUGAUAGUUUUCGUUUUUGUUCACCGGUCUGCCGCUUACACGCCAUUUUCUUCAUGAGGUUGGAUUUGUUGUUGAAGACAGUAUAGCCAAAACGAAUUAUCAUUUCAACACGAUUGUCAAGAUACACAAAUAUUUUUUCUCUUCAGACCAGGGGGAACUCAAUAUUGGAACAUUUUUUUAAGUUUUUAACCUUUUACUGUAUAAAAAUUGUUCAGAAUGAGUUGCUCUACAGACUACGAACAGUCCAUAAAUGUUUCCAGUCUUGUGAGGACCAUUUGGUGAAAAGUUGCACUCAAACAUUUGGCAUGAAUGUAACACAGACAACAUUUAACUGAGGAUGGCGACCUACACAGCAGCUUUGCUUUUUUCAAACUUAAUUCUUUUCAAAUUGCUUAAAUAUUUUAUAACUUUCUAUUGAAAAAGGAUGUACAUUUUGGCUUGUAAUAUAACGUAGAGAUUAUGUGCGCCUUUGCACUGUGUGUUUAUGUACAGUUCGUAAUAAAGCUAAUCCUUUUUUAUUAUUGAUUAUAAGAAACAUCUUAUUUCUUUUAAAUUGUAUUAAACUACCUGGAGACUCA